GAGGGUGUCGUGCAAGUGGAGCGGCGGGAAUUUUGAACUGCAAACGGGGACUGGUCAGCCAGCGGAGGCGUGCGCUCUCGGGGAGACUGGCCGCCGGCACCAGGCGGAUAGGGAUGGAAGCCCCCGGGGCGAGCGGCGUGCGCCCGGGCGUGUGCCCCAGAGACACCCGGCCGCCGGUUCCCACGCUUGGGGCGGGCGCGCGCCGCAAGGCGGGAGGCGUGACCUGCCGCCGCCCCCCCGACUCGGGCGAGCGCGGUAACUGCCUGGCCUCGGGGUCCCGGCGCUCCCAACUGUCCGGGAGCAGCCCACGAUCACCCCCACCCCCGACACCGCCCACCCUCGCCGGCCUCAGCCAGGCCUGGAGGGCAGCAGGUCAGAAGUGAAACAGGCUGAGUCAGACGGAGUUUGCGGUGGAGGCAACGCGCGUGGGGGGCAGGAGCCUGACGCCCCCCACCCCAGACCCAGGAAACUCGCUUCCUGGGUCGUGGGUGGACCACGCGGCAACGCAGGUCUAAGGGCGGCCGGGCCGACCCCAAGUCUAUGUGCCCAAGGCUGGGGCUGACUGACUAGGGACCCAGGGGAGCGAGUGCAGAGGCUUACAGCCCUUGAAGGAGACACCUUGUUCCCCAUCAGGACCGUCCUCUCGCUCCAAACCGAGAGCAGAAUCCUCUCUGUUCUGGCUCCCUCCUCAGGAGUCUUGCCACCGUUGGCCCGUCUCGGAAUUUGUAGAUGAGCUUUCCAGGAGCGCUCUGCGAGGCGACCGCGGCGUGCCGACCCACUCUGGGACAGUGAACCACGUUUUGUCAGACCUCUCGGCCAUGACCCGUCCGUCUUGGGUGGCCCUACCCAGCAUCUACAUUCCAUGCAGAGAUGAGCACAAUAAAGAACAGAAACGGUAUGGACCUAACAG